AUGGCAGCCACCAUGGGCUCGGGAGUAAAAGUCCCUCGCAAUUUCCGACUAUUAGAAGAACUCGAAGAAGGCCAGAAAGGAAUAGGAGAUGGCACAGUUAGCUGGGGUCUAAAAGAUGAUGAAGACAUGACACUUACAAGAUGGACAGGGAUGAUAAUUGGGCCUCCAAGAACAAUUUAUGAAAACCGAAUAUACAGCCUUAAAAUAGAAUGUGGACCUAAAUACCCAGAAGCACCCCCCUUUGUAAGAUUUGUAACAGAAAUUAAUAUGAAUGGAGUUAAUAGCUCUAAUAGCAUGGUGGACCCAAGAGCCAUAUCAGUGCUAGCAAAAUGGCAGAAUUCAUAUAGCAUCAAAGUUGUCCUGCAAGAACUUUGGUGCCUAAUGAUGUCUAAAGAAAAUAUGAAACUCCCUCAGCAGCCUGAAGGACCGUGUUACGGCAAUUAA